UAAUCUUGCGAGGCGCAUGCGUUCUUCCAUGCGUGGACGGGAAAGUGCGGUACUGGCAUGUCUGCACAUGCGAGACGGUUUGCCUCCGAGUGCGGCCAAAACACGAUGUUGUUGCCCCUCGAGAAGGCACCGUGGCGCGCGCUUGUAGUUCGUGAAACGAGCAUCAGCAUGAUCAAAGCAAGGCAGUGGACAAGCAGUAAUGUACCCUAAACCUGCCACCCAUCUCCGUCGCGCGGAGAUCGCGAUAACAGCUCCGAUGGCGUUGGGCGUGGAGCGCUAACCACUGUCGAGAUCAGUGGUGUGGUCUCACACUCGGCACUGGCAAUUCGCGACGCGCGGCGGUAUAAGCGAGAUUGUGGUGUUGGCUGAAACGGAAGAGAACAGCGCGGCAUGCUGUCGUGUUUAAACUCAAUUAAACCGCCUGCGAAUGUGCUUUCCUUAGCCGCGAACAAGGCGCCCGCGCGAAAACGUGCCUCCUCCAGCAUCCUGGCGAACGGCGGCGGCGUGCGCACCGCCUGAGACGGCUGCGCUGGCGCUGGCCAAUCGGCGGGUGAGUUGGAGAGGAGAAGAGUAGUGCGGCGAAGCACGACGCGCGCGGCGCAGGGGUCAUUUUCACUCCGGCAGUCGACGACUUCGGACGCUCGCUCCGUUCGCCAUGGCCAGGACCAAGCAAACCGCCCGUAAGAGCACCGGUGGGAAGGCUCCACGUAAGCAGCUUGCUACCAAGGCUGCUCGCAAGAGUGCACCUGCCACAGGAGGGGUUAAGAAACCGCAUCGCUACAGGCCUGGGACCGUGGCCCUUCGUGAAAUUCGCCGCUACCAGAAGUCGACCGAACUUCUCAUCCGCAAGCUGCCGUUCCAGCGCUUGGUGAGGGAAAUCGCUCAGGAUUUCAAGACCGACCUCCGAUUCCAGAGUUCGGCUGUGAUGGCCCUUCAGGAGGCCAGCGAGGCCUACCUGGUCGGUCUCUUCGAGGACACCAACCUGUGCGCCAUCCACGCCAAGCGCGUUACCAUCAUGCCGAAGGACAUCCAGCUGGCCCGGCGCAUCCGUGGCGAGCGCGCCUAAGUUCGGCCGCUGUCUGCGCCGCAGCCUCGGUCGGUCAGGCAAGCAACACAAAACGGUCCUUCUCAGGACCACCUACAUGUUUGCUUCGGCCACGGGAGCACGCGAGACCACGUACUCCAACCGUACC